AUGACACAAAAACCUCCAGGUCAUCUGCAAAAUGCAGAUGUGGAGGAAUGUCCAGGGGAUCCGUCUUUGCGCGAGGAUGCCGUUCAGAAGAAGCCGUUGACUGCCGAAGAUGCCCUAGAAAUCGCCAUUGGGGAAAGCCAAAACAUCGAGUACACAAUCGAAUCGGACAACUCGCCCUAUCUCGAAGUCCGCGCAAAUGUCCCCAACACGGAUGAUCCGUCACUUCCGAUAAACACGUUUCGAAUGUGGUUUCUGGGUGUUGUUUUUACCUUGGUUGGAACAGGCGUGAACCAAUUCUUUUCGAUGCGCUACCCCAGUGUGACCAUCACAUCUCUCGUCGCACAACUGAUCAGUUAUCCGGUUGGAUGCUUCUUCGCAAAGGCACUUCCUAUCAUGAAAAUCCGUGUCUUUGGCCGGGACAUCCACAUCAAUCCCGAUCACCAUUUUAAUGUGAAGGAGCAUGCUGUCAUCACGAUCAUGUCUAACCUCAGCUUCAAUCAGUCGUGGGCCAGUGCAAUUAUCCAGGCCCAGAAGGUGUAUCUGAAAAUGGAAACCCCCGUGGGUUACCAGAUUCUACUGGCUUUAUCGAUGCAGAUGUUUGGACUUGGGCUUGCUGGACUCUCCUACCGCUACAUCAUCGAGCCUCCGCAUAUGAUUUGGCCGUCUACUCUGGCAAACGCAGCAUUGUUCCAAACACUUCACACCGGUGCCAACCCCAUCGCCGAUGGGUGGAGAAUUUCCCGCUAUCGCUUCUUCCUGUACGUCUUCGUUGGGAGCUUCUGCUGGUACUGGCUACCGGGGUAUAUCUUCACUGGACUGAGCACCUUUGCGUUCAUCUGCUGGGCUGCUCCAACGAAUAAGGUCUUGAACAACCUGUUCGGAAUGACCACCGGCCUGGGCUACCUUCCGAUCACUUUCGACUGGAGCCAAAUCGCCUAUAACACGUCGCCUCUGGUGAUCCCGUUCUGGGCACAGGCCAACGUGUUUUCUGGCUGGUUCUUCGUCUACGCAGUGGCAGCUCCCAUCCUCUACUACACUAAUACCUGGUUUACUGCCUACCUGCCCCUGACAAGCUCGGAUGCCUACGACAACACUGGUAACCUCUACAACUCAAGUCGCAUUCUGGAUGACACCGGGACCUUCAACGAGGAAAAGUACAAGGCAUACAGCCCUAUCUUCCUUCCGGUCACGUUCGCUCUCAGCUAUGGCGUGGGAUUCGCUGUGCUGAGCUGUCUUCUCACGCAUGUUGCAUUGAAUCACAGCAAGGACAUAUUAGAGACCUUCCGGGGCCAAAACAAAAAAGAUAUUCACGCACGACUGCUUUCCCGUUAUCCGGAUGUUCCGUGGUGGUGGUACUUGGCUCUGACGGUAGGAACCCCCAGGCCGAGCACGACGGGUCGACUGACAUGGAUUCCAGGUCAUUGUGGUCGCCGUUGCCAUCCUCACCCAUUCUACGCCUACACCGGAUUGAGUCAGGCAAUGUACUAUGGUGCAGAUAUGAAGAUGGUGUACUGCUCUGGAUGCUCGGAAAUGUUAAGGACGUAUGCUCCAGCGACCAAGCCGACAAUUUUACUUGUCCCCAGGGAAGAGUCAACUACAACAGCGCAGUAUUCUGGGGUGACAGCCAUUGGACCCGCGCGACUGUAUAACAUCGGACAAAGAUACUCUGGGCUCCUGCAUAUGUUCUGGAUUGGGGCUCUCCUCCCGAUACUUACGUUCUUCCUCAAGAAGAAAUACCCCAACAACCGGUUCCUCAAUGCGGUCCACUGGCCUAUUUUCUUUGCGGGAACUGGAAAUCUCCCCCCGGCGACCGGCAUCAACUACAGCACCGCAUUCGUGGUUAGUUUGAUUUUCAACAAGAUUAUCAAAGAUCGCCGACCAAACUGGUGGGCCAAAUACAACUACGUUCUUUCUGCGGCAUUGGAUUCUGGAGUCGCUGUUUCUGCUGUUGUCAUCUUCUUUGCACUGGUGUUCCCGGGGGUGAGUCUGAGCUGGUGGGGCAAUACUGUGAGUAGUGGGACGGUGGACAGUAAGGGGACUCCGUGGAUUGAGCUGGGGCAGAACCAGACGUUUGGCGAGACGACAUGGUCGUGA